GAUCGAGUCAUGAGCAGUCUGGCUUGCAUUGCCUCGCAUUAGCGGUUAAGGCCGCACCUUGCACACGGACUGGCCCGCAUCGAUUCAUUCUGCACCGCUACGAUGCUCCUCCGCCAUGCCAUGCGCGCCGUGUCGCGCACGAGGGUGUGCACAGUGCGCCACCUCUCCGCUGCGGACACCGUCACCGUCUCUGUGCACGAGGCUCAGUCGACGACGGCGCAAGCGCUGCGCAUGAUCGGAUGGGACGACGAGGCCGCCGACGUCCAGGCGGAGAUCAUGACCGCGGCCGAAUUAUGCGGCAACAACCAAGGCCUCGUGAAAAUGUUCAACCCGUCACUCAUGGCACCACAACCGGGCGCGGGCAAGCCCGUCGUCGAACGCGAGACGGCGACGUCCGCUGCGAUCAAUGCGAAUCAAGCUCCGGGCAUGCUCGCGGCCGUCACGGCUUCGGACCUGGCGGCGGACAAAGCGCUAGAAAACAACGUGAUCAACCAGUGCGUCGGAUGCACCCGAUCCUUCUUCACUAAGUCAUUUCUCAGCGGUGACGCGGCCGUGCUGGCUCCGUCGAGCGGUGAGGAAUCGGCAUCGCCACGCCAUCGAGCAAGCGUCGCGUCGAUGGCGUGGAGGUCGACGCGAUUGAACGCGGCGUCAAAUUUGAUUUCUACACAGGUGGCGGUGGUGAGCGCCUACAACACCUCAACCUCGUCGGGCCAGCUCGCAUUCUACGCCGAGCGACAGGCGAAACGAGGUCUAGUCUGCCUCGCCUUGGCCAAUUCGCCGGAGUUCGUCCGCGACCGGCGUCCGACGGUGCCUUCACGCUGCGACUCGCGCCAAUGAUGGCGUAUGGAACCUCGCGUCGCACAGGUCGCGCCAAGCGCCGGCGCUUCCCCAGUAUUCGGCACGAACCCCCUGGCCGUCGCGGUCCCGCGCAAGGGCCAGGCUCCAUUCUCGUUUGAUAUGGCGACGUCGGCGGUGGCGCUCUUCGGCGUGCUCACGGCCAAGGCCACGGGCGCGCCGCUCGCGGAAGGCGUCGCCUACGACGCGAGCGGGAAGGUGACGACGGACGCGGGCGCUGUGUUAGAUGGAGGAGCCAUCGCGACGUUCGGCACGCCACCUGUGUGGAAAUCAACCAGUGAGUUAGUGUGGUCCGAAAUUUGAUUUCCACACAGGCGGACAUAAAGGGGCCGGUCUAGCCCUGUGCGUCGAGCUGUUGGCAGGGGCGCUGUCAGGCGGCGCCGUCGUCGGUCAGGAGGUCAAAAAGGACGCCAAGAAUUGGGGCCACCUGUUCCUGUGUGUGAAGCCAGACGCGCUCGUCGACGAGUUCGACGCAAAGGCCGCCGCCGUCUGUAAAGCUGUCAAGGACGCGGGCGCGAGAGUUCCGGGCGACCGGUCCGCCGCCGAAGCCGCGGCUCGGGUCCAGGCCGACGAGCUACCAAUUCCGAAGGCUAUAUGGGAGUCGAUCACGCGCACCGCGGAGCAAGGGCUCGCGGAGUAAGACACGGGCCUGCCUGCGGCCUAGCUAAUUCGGAGUGACUCAUUAAGGGUCCGUAAAGACCAGGGGGGAGAGCCGGGGGAACGGGCCGCCAGGUUUGAGCCGGGGCCAUGUGGGGGAGGGACGUAUAGUCGGGCGCUACGCGUCCGAACGCGCCGCGGCGGCGCGCGCGCGCAGCUCGUCGCGCACGACCUGCGGACAGAUCACGAUGCGCCUCUUCGUGAUGGGGUGCGUGUACGUCAGACGGUAGUCCAGGCCUGCGCGAACAUCAAGAGAUACAGAUGGACUCGAGACGCGUCGAUCCCCAGAAGGCACCGGGGCACCAAGCUAAGGCUAUCCCGUGCAAGCUUCUACACGGAAUCCAACCGAACCAGAUCGUCCAGUCGUAGCCGGAGAGAUUGUACUUGUUCCGGCGGUCCACAAAAUUGCGGAAGCAGCUCGAGUCGACCUCGUCGGCCAGAACUAAACUUGGAUCGUCGGUCAAUAAGCGCGCGCCGUACUGGAGCGCGCCGUAGAGCUGGGACUUGAGAGCCGUGUCCGUCCAGUCGCCCCAGUGGUUAUACUCGUCGUCGUCGACGAGGCUUGCUAUGUCGGUGACGCGGUGGAUCCGCGCGUCCAGCCCGCCCGUGGGGUCCCAGAACUGCAGUGAGAACGGCAGGGACUCGUCGCGCGCCGCCGCCGCCAGUACGAAGUCCGAGAACUCGCGGCCGAGCACCCCGAGCUGAGCGUUGACUGCAUCGAUCUCGUCCUUGCUUGCGCCCAGGCGAUCCGCCAUCCGUGUUGCGCCGCGGCCUCGAACAGCCAGCUCGCGCUGCACCGGAUCGAGGCCCGCAAUCAAACCGGCCGUUCCGUACGCGCCCUGCACGCACGCCUCCAACAAGCGUCGCCCGUAGUCCGCUCGGCCGUUCCGGACCGCCCAAUUUU